UUGCAAAAGUCAUGGGGUGAAGGAAGAGGAAGAGAUGAAACAUUCUACCAGUCUACUCCGCUGUCUUUAAAGGAAGAAUAGUUUAUCUAUUGGUCUUAACCCUUUAAUCUUUAUUACUGUGUUUUAAGACUUGCUAGACUGUAUAUAGAUUUGUUGCAAUGCUUUCCAUGUUUGUUUGGUUGUGUGCAUCAGUAACUCCGGUUUUGUUGGAAAAUCAUGUUGGUCACAUGCUUCCUCUUGGUAAACAGAGAAUUCCAGAAAGUCUGUCUAUAGCAUCACUUCAAUUUAGUCCAGGCGGAAGUGAUUUCUACAAACGAUAUAUUCUUCAGUAUUCUCCUGUUCUCCUUAAAGGAGUUUCACGUCAUUGGCCCAUCAAUGGAAAAUGGCACAACUUAAGUUAUGUCUAUGAAAUAUUUACCCAUGAAAAAUUGCCAGUGCUGGAUAGUCCGCAUGAGAAACUAUUUGGAAAAAUUAUUGAGUUUAAGCAUCAAGUAAAUACAAUUAUUCCAAACGAUAGCAAAUUACUGCAAGGGGUGUACCUGCCACUGGUAUUACAAUGUAAUGAAUUAGCGAAAAAAAUUUCUUCAGUUCGUUUACACAUGAAUAAUGAUCCUAGCCAACACAUCAAGUUUGCUAGUUCCGAUAUUCUUCUGGCUUCGUUUGCAACAUCACAAUAUGUUUUGCUGUUUGCUACGAAUAAUUCGUUGAGUGGAGAGAAUCUCAAGUCAGUUGACACUGCACAUGUGGAUGUGAAUAAGUAUCCAGAAAUUUUGGAUGUGCCUUAUCAAGUUAUCGAUUUACAGCCAGGAGAUAUUUUCUACAUUCCUGCAUACUUAUGGUAUCACGUGAUGUCAACAGAAGGGAUUAAUUAUGUUAAAAUUGAAUUUGACGUAUUCUCGUAUGAAUUUAAACAUGACAUACCGUACUUAAAGGCGCUUUCACAUUAUAAAGAAUUUCUUUCAAAUCAACCAAAGCAGAUACCUUGUAGCCACACAGAUGUGACGAUGAAAGAUGCCCUCACCAUUGAUUUUGAUGAUGAGGAAGCCAUUUUGCAUUUACGAAUACCGAAGCGGAACAAAAGACCUGAUGAUGUUGUAUUAGCCAGUGGGUAUAAAAUGCCAGUUCUUGGAUUUGGGACAGCUCUAUUAAAUGAGUCAACGUACGAAACUGUAAAAUAUGCACUCACUAUCGGAUACAGGAUGUUUGAUACUGCGUAUGGUUAUCCACACGGUGAGGAAGGUGUUGGAAAGGCACUCAGUGAAAGUGGCAUACCACGUGAACAAGUGUUUAUUGUUACCAAGUUACAUCCGAAGUUUUUAGGAUACAACGAAACAAUCUUGGCUAUAGAAGAAUCUCUAAAGAACUUAAAUACUUCUUAUAUCGAUUUGUUUUUAAUUCACUCAAUUGAAUGCGACGAUUUUCUUCUGACGUGCGAUGAGGGUGAACCCCAUGGCACGUGGAAAGAAUCAUGGCGCGCGAUGGAACAUAUGAAGAAUCGUGGCAAAAUUCGAAGUUUGGGUGUCAGUAAUUUUUACCAGAAAAAUAUCAUCGAGCUGUUAAAUUGGUCGGUCGAACCUGUUUCAGUUGUACAAAACUGGUUUGAUCCUUAUAACCAAGAUGUUGGAACAAGGAAGAUAUGUGAUGAAUAUAAUAUCAGAUAUAUGGGUUUUUCCACGUUAGGUUCGCGUUGGAAAUUAUUUGGUUUGUCGUAUAAUCCUGUGCUGGAAUCUGAAUUAAUCACAGCCAUUGCUGGCCAUUAUGAUUACGUCAUUUCACAUGUUGUGCUGAGAUGGGCCAUCCAUGUUAACGUUACAGUCAUACCACGUUCAAUAAAUUAUAAUCACAUCGCGCAAAAUUUCCGUUCACUGGAUAUAAAACUGCACCAAUCAGAUAUCGAGAGUUUAAACGAGCUAAAUGAUUGGAUGGAGGAACUACAGAACAGUGAAGACGAAUUGACGGAGGAGGUGAAAUAAAUACACAACAAUUUCUGUUUCUAUGUUUUGUUUUUUAAACUUUCGUGUCUUUUUACGUCUUAUAGCACCCUUGUAUUUUCUUUGUCUGUGUGCUGGCAGACCUUGAAGUAUAGCAGAAAAUUUCAAAUCUUGCUAAAGUUGGUUUUGUAUGAAAGGAAUUUAAAUGUUCUCUUAGGACUAAAAGUUUAAUAAUUAUGCGAAUUAAUAAAUAUGCACAUUCAAACUAUUAAUAAAUAGCUGAAAACAUAUCCCACGUACUUUGAUAAAAUUAUUACGUGUAUCCAAUGCAUGCUUAACUUGUUUUUAAGAGAGAAGUCAGUUUUAAAUAAAGGUCUUGAAAAUCAUGGGGAAAACCCUUAAAACUUGAAAUUGG